ACAACCCUCCCGAACUUUUUUUGUUUUUUUGUUUUUUUUGUAGAGAUCCUCAUGCAGUAACUCCAAUUCCUUACCAAGCAAACAGAACGUUUCCUGCAGCCCUAUAUCUAUCAAUAGCGCCAUUAAAGUUCCACUACCACCGCAACCAUGUCUCCGGCACCCCCUAAAAUCCUCCGAGCCGCAGCGGGCUGCAGUCUCCGCAGCACCGCCAGAGCACCUGUGGUGCGGUUGGCCUGCGCUACAGGCUCCAUUGCAGCCAGGCCUGUAACGUGCCGGCCGAUGCACACAUCGCAGACGCCUCGGUCCAAAUCCAAAUCGGACAACCCGGACGCCAGCGAGAGGGCGACGGUCGCACACGCGCCCGCCCCGCCGAUCUUGAGACACGAGAACUUCGGGCGGAAGCAGUUUGCGGAUUUCGACCUGGCCGGCAAGGUCUUCCUCGUGACCGGAGGCGCACAGGGUCUCGGGCUCACGCUAGCCGAGGCCCUCGUUGAAGCCGGUGGCAAAGUAUACUGUCUGGAUCGUGUCGAGAGGCCGACGAGCGACGAAUGGCAGAGGGCGCUUGAGCGCGUCGUCCCGGAGUGGGGCGGGUCGCUCAACUACGUGCAGCAGGACGUCUCGGAUACUCCAUCGCUCGACCAGACGAUCACGCGCAUCGCGGAGGAGAACCAGCGGCUCGACGGCGUGGUGGCCGCCGCGGCGAUCCAGCAACUCUCCGAGGCCGUCAACUACUCGGAGAAGGACGUCUCGCGGAUGCUGUCGGUCAACUACACGGGCGUCCUGAUGACCGCGACGGCGGCGGCGCGCCAGAUGUUCAGGUACAGGUGCCGCGGGAGCAUCGUCUUCGUUGGCAGCAUGAGCGGCUUCGUCGCGAACAAGGGCCUGCUGAGCUGUGUCUAUAACUCCUCCAAGGCUGCGGUCAUCCAGCUGUCCCGGAACCUGGCGAUGGAGUGGAGUCCGAUCAAGGAGGACGGCACCGGCGGUAUCCGCGUCAACUGUAUCUGCCCCGGCCACAUCUUGACGCCGAUGGUCUUGAAGAACUUUGAGGAAGUACCGGGCCUUAAAGAGAAGUGGGAAAGAGAAAACAUGAUGGGUCGCUUGGCCGAGACGGCGGAGUUCAAAGGUGCCGUAUUGUACUUGGCCAGCUCAGCCAGCAGUUUCAUGACUGGAAACUCGAUUGUCAUCGACGGUGGUCACACCGCUUGGUAGAGACCUCAGCUUUGGUUGCGCGAUGGGGAAAGCCAGGCUAUAUGUAAUCUUUGGAUUACGUAUUGAGGUGCCCGGGUGGUUUGCUGUAUUUUUAUUGUCAAUGUCAUGUACCCAUAUAGCAUCGCGCAUCGCUGAUUGGAUGUCGUUGCAUUGUAUUCAUAGACUACUUUAGACAUUAUUGACGUUAUUUCAUA